CUACAGGCCUCGAAAUGGCAAGAUGACUGCACUCCGACAUCCAUUCAACUCACGAUGAGAGUACCAUGCUCGGUGGGCUGGGAGCGCACUGCUACAGAGGCUCCCUACUUAAGGGAGGCUCAGCCCCGUCUUCAGCUUUCCCAGCUCUCGAUUACUCUUCUGUUUUCAACUCCUGAUCCAGCAAGAUUUUCCUAUCUCGUUCCACUACCUCCAUCAAGAUGAGUGCUCAGUCGGACACCCCGACCCCAGCUUCAAUGCAACAGGUCGUUGAGAUUCCGGCCGUUGUGUCAGCUCUUGGCCCUCACCUGUCGCGUCUUCCUGAUGAGCUCCUCUACCAGAUCUUCAAGUUCCUUGUCCUGACUUUGUUCCCCGCGAAGUCAAGGUUCAACAAAGCCAUCAAUCCAGACACCUUCAAGAUCCUCAACCAACACUCUGCAAUCAACAGGAUUCGCAACGUCUCCAUCGACUUCACCGGCUUCUUCAUGGAGGCUUUCUACGAGAACUUCCACUUCGUCUUCGCCAAGCAUAGCAAGUACCACGAGGAAAAUGAGUACCUCACCUCCAUCCCUCCUCCAAUUCCCCGUCGCGAUCUGCGCCACCACUUGCGCUCCAUGCGCGUCGAGAUCACGCUGGAGAACUACUUCUGGACCGAGGAGCCCGGCCUGCCAAAAACGCCCGUAAACCAGUUCGGCCGCAAAAUCCGCAAGGUCACGACCGGCGCUCAGAUGCUCGAGUUCUGCCCUUCCGCGCGCUUUCUUCUUCACCUGACCAACCCCGACACGGGCUUCUCUCGCCUGCGCCUCCUCGACCUCCACAUCCGCACCAACUUCGCCCACUUCCCCGCCGACGCCGACUUCUUCCGCGCCCUGGACGAGGUCAACUUCGUCGUCUCGGCGGACGAGAUCAAGCUGACUGUGACCAAGAAGGAUGAGGUUGCGCUCAAGCCGGAGCUGGAGGCGGAGGUGAGGAAGAUGAUUGUUGUUGUUCGCAGGUAGGGGUGUGCUGCUGGCUUGUGGUUAGCACCCUCAAAUAACAUGUACAUCGUGUGCUUUGGCCGUGUGGCCACAAGAUAGGAUUCUACAUGUUGUUGCAGAACAACAACGUCAAUAC